AUGGCCGGCCGUGAUCGGAAUUUCAGAUUAUUCGUUGGUAAUUUGCCAUAUGAUACAACGGAGGAGGAUCUGAGGGCCAUGUUACAUGGCUGUGGCACAAUAAGAUACCUUGCAAUAAGAAGAGAUUAUCACACGAACAAAAGUAGAGGAUAUGGAAACGUUGAGUACAGAACAGAAGCAGAGUGCGUAGAGGCCAUAAAGAGACUGGGAGCCAUGGAAGUUAAAGUACGCACUAACGGUUUCGCAGGCAGGCCUGUUAAAGUGGACUUUUGCGACGAUUUCUAUAGAGAUAAGUACUCGGACAUCUUGUUGGACACCCUGUAUCACAAGGAAAGUUCGCAGCCGAAGGAAACGGAUCAGGCGCAUACUCAGGAGAUGGACCCAGGACCAUAUAAUAUGCAGGUGCAGCAGCCAGGGAUGCAGCAGAUAGGGCAUCCAGAUAUGUCGCCAUACGGACAUCAGACAAUGGGACCGAUGGACCAGAGCGGUUACGGAAUGGUGCAGCCAAGCUUCACAAUGGCACAGCAGAAUAUGAUGCCGAUGCCGCAAGGGUCCAUGCCAAUGGUUCAGCCGAACAUACCAAUGGUACAGGGGGACAUGGCAAUGUACCCGCAGGCCAACAUGGGAUUGAUGCAGCCAGCAGUUGGACUUAUGCAGCCGAAGCUGGCACAGCAAGGACUGGUUAGGCCAGGACUGGUGCCAUCUGGGCUAAUUCAGCAGGGCAUGGCACAAGCAACGAUGGCGCCGAUGAUGCAAAUCCCAGCAGAGAUAUCGCAGUUGGAUCCCAUGGAGGCAGUUCAGCCAGUGAGUGUGACGAUGGACCCAGCAUUGAGUCAGCCAAUGGGCACACAUACAGGCCACCACCACUAUCAAAAUCAGACAAUGCAGCAGGCAAUUAGCGGACCAAUGACCCAGCACAUGAAUUCGCCAAUCAACAAUAUGGGAAUGCCCUUAAAUCAGCAACUAGGUCACCAAUUAGGUCAACCUUUGAAUCAGCAAUUAAAUCAGCCACUAACACAUCAAAUUAACUCGCCGACGAGUCAGCAACACGAACACAAGAGAUACAGAGCAGAGGAGGAGUUGCUGUUGGAUAACGGAAAGGUGGUGAGCAAGGACCUCUUGAGAAUAAUAAAGAAAAUGUCAAUGAUGGACGUGUACAACCUGGUCAAAAGGAUCGACGCGCUGAUGAAAAAGUCGCCAAACACAGCGAGGUCGAUACUAAACGCAAGCUCGUCAAUGAGAGCGUCACUGAUGCACGCUAAGCUGCUCCUAGGAUACAAAAACCUAAACUUCAGUCACCUGUCAAAGGCAAACGCCUCAAACAUAUUCGAGAGGUGGUGUAGUUACUACCCUAGGGUAGCAGAAGGUGGUAGGUCGACCGCGGAGACGAAAAGUGAAUUGAGUAGGCUGGAAAGUGUUGACAAUAUGGUGAAGAAUGUGGAUGUUUUGCAUAACUUAAUUAAGAAAGAGAUAUUCGUGUACGACGAUAGAGUGAAGAGGGCGUUAGAGGAGCUGAGAACGAGGACGAAUAAAGUUGGGGACUAUGAAACUUUGCUGAAGACAGUUGACAUCUUCUACAGGACAGGAGACUGGGAGACCAUGAAGAAGACGCUCUCGUAUUUCAUAAAGGAUGUGCCGUAUAUGCCUUACCACGUGCUGGUUGAGUUGACGAGGCUCUUCAUCAAGGCCCACAGAAACAGCAGCGUGACAAGGGCGUUGCAAUCUCAGUUGUAUUUGAACGCGUGUGCCGACAGAAGCAGUGGGUUGGAUGUUGAGAGCAUUCUGUGCUGUGUAGACGUGAUAGAGGACAGAAGCGUAGUGCAAAGAGCGCUUGAGGGAGUUGAUUUUACAAAGAGCAACGAAUACGCCAAGUUGUACGCGAGACUGAAGCUGUACCAAAUACUGCUAAGCACGGGCGGGGAUGGAAUAGAAGGGUUCAUGGUCGCCGCAGUGAGGCAUGGUGGCACUGAAAACGAGUUCCCGUGUCGCAUUGAUAAGUAUGCGGUCAACUGCUAUAGAAUGCUCAUUAAAAUAAGAAACUAUGAGCCGCUGGAUUACAGAGGCAUAUCGGAUGCCAUUAGCAGUGGCUACAGCUAUAACACUACGGAUUUGGCACUGCUGCUCAGAGAUGUGUACCACUGCUGUUACGAAGUAGAACCAAGUGUGUUGGAGCCGAUCUACAGAGGAGUUUUUGACAACAUGGCACAGCUAUCGAAGGACGACGUGGUGCUGGUAUUCAGAGUUUUAAGCAAGUAUAGGCCUCAGAUAACGAAAACACAAAUGGAUUUAUUGAACAUACAAGCGCUGCUUCACAUGAGUGAGUACACAGCGAGAGACGUGUUGUCCAUCGUAAACUACUACUCGAGAAUACCCACGAGCGCAGAAGCAGUAGAUCUCAUGGAGAAGCUGUACAGCCAUCUCACAGAUGGCAGAUUAGCCGGUGGGAACACAUCAGAUACACAAUGCGGAGACGCAAACGUAAAAAUAUACACUCUUAGCAAGGCCAUAAUGUACUUAAAUUCAGCGCAGCACGGGUGGGAGGUGAGGAGGAAGGGUCAAGACGUAAUGAGCACCAAGUUGAAAAGGUACACAAGGACAAUAGCCAAUAAUCACAUUAACCUGACGGAUAAGACAGUGGCAUACUGCUUGUACACGUUCUAUAAAGUUAAGCACGAUCCAGUGAAGCUGAUACAGCAGCUGAUGCCGUCGUUGGAAAGGAGAUUGAAUAACAGCGUGGAUCUGGUUCAGGCACUGCUCUUCUUCACAAGAAACAGGUACAGCAGCUUCUACGCAGUGCUGGUGAGUAAGGUGGAGAGGAAGCUGGCGAGUAACGAGCUCAACGGACGCCAGCUGGUGAUCGUGGCAAGGUGCCUCGGCAGUUACAAGAAAAUAUUCGCAAGUCAGAUGUUUACAGCAGUUAACGCAAGGCUGGAGGAAAUGAGCGUCUCGCAAGUGUGCACAGUGUUCAGAGCGUACGCAAAGUCAGGUCUUAGGAAUGAGGCGCUGAUCAGCGCACUCAAUUGGAGAGUAAUGAGAGACCUAGGAAGUAUAUUCAGCAAGGAGGCCGUUAAUCUACUGAUACCAAUUAAGAAGGGGUACAUUACCAGCGAAAGGGUGGUCGAAUACAUUAAAGGGCUUGAUUUGGAUCCUUCGGACAAGUUUGACGUCUUCGGCCAAGUGCCAAAGGAAGGUCAACUCACGGACGAUCAAGUGGUCAAGUGUUUGUUGUGUUUGUCGAAAAAGGAAAGGAGUGGAGAGACUGACAAGUUUGCAAGAGAACUGUACUCGAGAGUCGUUAAAAUGGCCUCUAGUCUGUCUGAAUACAGCGUUAGAGCGAUUUUAAACGCCAUUCAGGCCUACGGAUAUAGUAAGCCAAAGGUGAAGAGGGUACUCACAAAUCGGCUAAGGAGGCACAGUGGAGUGGAUGAAACUAUGAAAAGAGCCGGUGUUACUGGUGCAACUGACAGUGAUAGGGAUAAGUACGGUGAUACUGCUGUCCAGAGGAACAAUUUGCUGACUUUCUUCAGGCACAUUUCCCUGGGUCCGCCGCACCUCCCACUGCAAAAUAAGCUUGACAUAGUGAUUUUCGUUUGUGGGCACACUCGGCUCGUCCUUCCUAGUCCCCUCGCCAGUAAAUACCUCCACAUUUUCCUUAUUGUGCUUAUUCAUAGGAUGUUGACGAGAUUGUGUAUAAAUUGCGAUGAAAGUACCAUCAAGUCUUCAGAUGUUGCGAUAGAUGACACUAAUUUUAGACCAGGUUCAGGAGGAGUAAAUGAAGUGUAUACUCUCUGCGGUCCAUGGAGCGGCUGGACCCAGUGCAAUCACCUGAACAAGCAACACAGGUCGAGGGCCUGCACGCACAAGAGAGGGGCUGUGCCUGACUACUCUGGGAAGCGGGGAGACCUCACUCCCGAGGAGCGCAGCUCCUUCGACAAGUAUUUCAGCAUGCUCAAUGCGGGACAAAGUGGCGAGUAUGUUCAGAUGCCGGAAAUUCAAACCAGAGCCUGCACCAGUGAAGACCACGAACUCGAGGAGGGGAUGCGCCAGGCAGCUCCAGGGACCAGUGUUCGGCAUAUUGUCGAGGAAGUAGACGGCGAUGUUGACGCGAGGAGGAGCAGAAGCCGAAGCAGGACCAGAAGCGAAAGCGCCCACAGUGUGCCAGACACUAGUAAGCACCGCAGUGAUCCUAGGAGCCACAGUGCAGACUCACUGCCACAAGGUGGCCAGGGCGCUGGUAGGAGGCCACGUCGUAGUGGCUUCAAGGCCAGGAGGGAUGCCAGAGAGCAAAAACGGGUUAAGCGCCAGGAGCGUGAACAUCAGCGUAGGAUAAGAGAGGAGGCCAGAAAUAACAGACUGGCGUCAGGAGUCUACGAGAAGUACCCACUGCUGAAAAUCAGGGACGUCAGGGAGAGCGAGGACGACGCGCAACAGAAAAAACUUGACGACCUCGAGGCCAGAAGUGACGAGGAGGAACGCGAACGCGACAACUCUGAGAGGAGGAAGAGAAAGAACAGGGGCGCCGCAGAGUCCGAAGUCGCGGAAACUCCAGCCAGCGGAGGCGACCGUGCUCCGCACACUCCCGAGACAUCAGGUGGCGCUCAGGCGUUGCGUCAAAUUCCCACCAGUGGCACUUCAGAGACCGACUCUGGGCCCGCAACGACCCCGGCGUUCGAGGAGUGUGCUCCUUGGGGAGACUGGACGCCCUGUAACGAUAUCAGCAAGCAGCACAGGUUCCGCCUGUGCAAGUACAAGAGGGAGUACGUGCCUGACUACUCCUCAAGGCUCGGCGACUUGACCGACAGUGAAAAGGUAAAGUACGCGGUCGUCAAUCAGAUCGCCUCUCAGUACGAUGAUGAGGGCCACGUUAACAAGAACGACAUUGAAACCCGGGCGUGCCAGCGCCAGGGGCCAAAAGAGCACACUCCGCCAGUUAAACAGCCCGCUACUCCCAGUUCUUCGACUGUGGCACAGCCUGAGUCGGCUAAAAAGGAUGCGGUUGAAACAGCUGUUAAACCGUCAGCGGCACAGCCUCUCAAUGCACAGCCUCCGAUCGACUCACCUGCUACUGCAGGUGAGGCCUCAAAGGUUGACAACGGAGCUAACAAAGAGGACCAUCAAAAACAGACAAAAAUGAAUGAAGGUCAUCCAACUGUGAUCAACGGCUUCAUUACUCCCGUGGUUCGCAUGACACAGCAAAGCCGAGGCCAUGACCUUCCACCUGAGGUGCCAACCCUGUCCAGGGAGAGUUAUGAAAAACUAAUGAAGAAAUUCAGCCCAAACCUGUUCAAGCCCCUGGCUGUUACUAAUGGUUCUAAAAUACCAGUAAGAAAAGCCACUGUAUCCGAAAACGACAAAGCAGAAGAAGCUGAAGAAGAAAGCUCUGACGGAGCCACGGAUUCGAGCCCACUGGUGCCAGUAUCAUCUGAGAAGAACAGUUUGAGGUCACAGAAACCUAGAGACGACGCCGAUACACAUUCUAGAAUACCCGUAAGGCAACCAGUCAAGACAACGGAACAAAAGGCCGAACCUUCAAAGCAACCAGCCAAGACAGCAGGUAUGACGACACCAUUAAAGCAGCCCAUCAAUAAACCAGUUGUAACAGUACCUGCCAGACAACCAGUCAAGAAACCAGCUGUGACGGUACCAGCCAGACAACCGAUAAAACCAUCUACACCAAAACCAAACACGGUACCCGCUGCUACACCAGUUGUUUCUGGUGCUGAUAAGGCCACCGCUUUACCGGAUAAGAAGACUACUACCCCUGCCGCGUCGCAAACGAAGCCUUUGGCCAGUGCUGCAUCAAAGGCAAAGGCUCCAGUCAAACGUGCUCCUUCUCCUAAGACAAAACCAUCAUAUAAGCCGAGAGCAAAAUCCCCUGCUCCCAAGCCCAAACCCACUCCUAGGACCAAACCAACAUCUACGCCUAAGUCAACCCCAACUACUCCUAAGGCGGCUCCGAGAAAAGCUAGCGUGUCGCAGCCACAGAAGGUUGUAGACAUCAAGGCCGCCAACUCAAGUGCAUCGGCUGCUCAGACCAAUCUAGUUCCGUCUAGCAACGGAAGCCCCAAUACUUUCAGCAGCCCUAGUAAGGCAGGAGGCGACCUUCCACCGAUGGUGCCAGAAGUAACAGCAGAAAGUGCGGCCAAGAAACACGGAGGUGACCUUCCACCAAUGGUACCAGAAGCGGAAGCUGAGACACCCAAACCUGCAUCUGAAAAAACAUCAGUACCAAAUGAACCCGAAGCUGAGGCUGACAGGCCAGAGGCCAGCACAUUACCACAGGCCGCGGAACCAACAUCCGAAUCAACUCAACAGAACAUACAGGACAACAGUUUACCACAGGUACCAGAACCCGCUGGUGGCAAGACUCUUGAGCAUGGGACACAACAAGCCACCCUCGAAAGUAAACUUGAGGAGCUGAUUAAGCCAAAGCUCGGGGAAACCGACGUUCCCGAACCUGGGCGCAUUACAGUCAAUGCUGGCGGCCAGUCUGAUAAGGACGACGCUCCAACGCCUUUUUCCUCAGCUCCCAGCGACGUUCCUCAAGAUGAUUCUCAGUCAACUACCGGUGACCUAAAUCCAAAGGAAUCAACGAAACCAGUUGAAGAACCAGUUAAACCAGUUGAAGAACCAGUUAAACCUGUUGAAGAACCAGUUAAACCUGUUGAAAAAUCAACAAAAAUAGAUGACGAGGUAACAAAACCAGCUGAUAACGAGUUGACAACAUUAGAUGAUGAUGUAUUCUCGGAACCAACUGAAGAUGAGCCAAUAAAACCAGAAGUUGAAGAUGAAUCAACCAAAACAACUGAUGACGACGAUGUUAAGACCCCGAAAGUUGAUGAACUGGUAAAACCAUCUAAAGACGACCUAACAACGCCGACUGACGAUGAGCCAGAAAAUUUAACUGAAGAUGGUCUAACAAAAUCAGGUGGAGAGACAGUAAAACCAGAAGCUGAUAAACCAGUAAAACUAGAUGAGGAGCUGACAAAACCGACUGAAGAUGAGCCAACAACACCAACUAAAAAUGAACCAGCAAAGCCAGAAGUUGAAGAACCAGCAACACCAGAUGAUAACGAGUUAACAAAAUUAACUGAUGAUGAGUCGAUAGAAUCAGGUGAUGAUAAAUCAAUAAACCCAGCUGAUAAUGUAUUAGCAGAACCAGUUGAAAAGCCAAUAAGGCCAGCUGAUGAUGAGUCAACAAAGGCAAUUGAAGAUGAAUCAGUAAAAACAACUGACCAUAAACCAGUAAAACCAGCUGAAGAACCAACGAAACCGACUGAAGAUGAUGAAGGCACCUACGAGAGCCCCCGAAUUAGAAUCCCUGUUUCCGAGGAUUCUAAGGCCGAUACUACUCAGGAAGCCGAUGAGAACAAAAUUAAGCCCGCGUUACGGAAGGUUGAGGAGAGGCUCCAAAACACCGAUCCAACAGUUCAUAAUAUAAUUAACGAGUUUGGUGUCAAUGAAGCAACGGGUAAGAUUAAAAAGCCCGAAGCAGAAGCUGGUAAAAGUGAAUCAGAGAAUACUGUAAGGCCAACUCCAGCCGAGGAGGCCAAACUUCAUGUCGUUUCUGAAGAUCUACCUAGCAAUAGAAAAGAAGGCGAUAAAAUGCCUCAUGAACCAGAGUCAGUUCAAGAGCCAGGGCAAGAAUCAGAGGAGGAAGGUCCAAACUACGACCAAACUGGCGAUAACUCCAGUAAAAAGGACGAUAAACCUCAAUUCAACAGGGGUGUCACCAUUGCAGCCAGCAUCGUAGGUGUUAUUUUGCUCCUUGGAGCUGGAGGCGCCGGAUACCACUACACAAGAAAGAGCAAGAAAAGGAACCUGGAACCUACUGACGUUGAGGUCGUCGGAUUUGAGGAGACUGAGGAGCCGCAGCUCGAGGAGUCUGAGACUGCUGUUUACAUAACUGAGGAAGUAUGGGAUUCGUGA